AUGACUACUUCUCCUACUACUCCUACUACUACUGUAACUGCUUCUGCUUCUACUACUCCUACUGCUACUGCUGCUGCUUCUAAUGGUACUGCUCCUACUCUUGUUUCUGCUACUGCUGAUGCUACUACUCCUACAACUGUUUCUAGUGCUCCUACUGAUACUGCUGCUAAUGCUAUUACUCCAAUUGCUGGUGCUCAUACUGCUCCUACAGCUACUCCUCCUACUCCUACUACUAAUAUUACUAAUACUACUUCUGCUACGACUGCUACUGCGACUACUUCUACGACUACUUCUUCUACUUCUACUACUGCUGCUACUGCUUCUGCUUCUAUCGUUGCAGCUUCUGCUGCUCCUACUGCUAAUGCUGCGGAUGCUACUACUCUUACUACUGUUUCUGCUACUGCUACGGCUACUGCUGCUGAUGCUACUACUGCUACUGCAGUUUCUAGCGCUCCUACUGCUACUGCCUCUGUUGCUAAUGAUAUUGCUCCAAUUGUUGUUGCUCAUAUUGGUUCUGCUGCUGCUCCUACUGCUACUACUAUUGCUACUGCAAUUUUUGCUGCUCUUACUGCAACUGCUGCUGCUCCUACUGCUAGUGCUGCUGCUUCUACUGCUACUCCUCCUCCGGCGGCUUUUACUACUGCUGCUACUACUGCUCCUCUAGCUGCUACUCUUAUUACUACUACUGCUACUACAGCUCCUGCUAUUGCUGCUACUACUGCACCUGUUACUGGUACUAAUGUUGUUACUCCAGCUACUACUACUGCUCCUACUUCUGCUACUAUUGUUGCUGCUUCUACUGCUCUUACUGCUGCUGCUCUUGCUAUUGCUGCUGCUGCUGCUCCUCCUCCUGCUGCAGCUACUUCUCUUAUUGAUGCUACUGCUACUACAACUAGUGUUGCUCCUACUGCUGCUCUUGCUGCUACUGCUACUUCUCCUUCUACUGUUUCUGCGACUGCUACUGUAACUGCUGCUGAUGCUACUACUCUUAUUGUUGUUUCUGGUGCUCCUACUGCUAAUGCUAAUUCUCCAAUUGUUGUUGCUCAUACUGGUUAUUCUGCUGCUGCUCCUACUGCUAUUACUGCUCCUACUUCUAUUUCUGUUGGCCCUACUGCUACUGAUUCUAUUGCACCUACUGUUGUUGCUCAUACUGGUACUGCUGCUGAUGCUCUUGCCGUUACUAUGGAUGCUUCUAUUGCUACUGCUCCUCCGGCAGCUUCUACUACUACUGCUGCUACUGCUCCUCCGGCUGCUACUCUUACUACUACUUCUACUACAACAGCUCCUUCCUACAGCUUGUACUACUGUUGCUACUACUAUCGAUGUGCUGCUGCUUCUACUGCUCCUACACCUACUACUCCUACUCCAACGACUACUACUACUGGUACUACUACUCCUACUGCUGCUACUACUACUACUGCUGCUACUUCUGCUACUACUACUACUGCUCUCACUGCUGCCACUACUGUUAUUGUUGCUGCUGCUGCCACUCCAACUGCUGCUCCAACUACUACUAUUACUACAACUACUGCUGCUACUACUGCCACUACUGCUGCUGCUACUACUGCGGCUACUUCUACGACUACUACUCCUACUGCUCCUACUAUUGCUGCUGCUUCCGGUGCUACUCCUACUUCAACUACUACUACUAUUUGUACUACUGCUCAAACUUCUGCUACUACUACUACUGCUCCUACAGCUCUUACUGCUACCGCUACUGCUGCUCUUGCUGGAUCUAGAGAACAAAGAGAACAGAGUGGGAAUCUGGAACUAUCAGUUGAUUCUGGUACUCCUACUCCAACUACUACUACUGCUGCUGCUGCAACUGCUGUUACGACUCCUACUCCUUCUACUACUGCUACUACUGCUGCUGCUAUUGCUACUAUUGCUCCUACUUUUGCUGCUUCUGCUGCUCACACUGCUACUGCUGCUGCUCCUACUGUUGUUGCUCAUACUCGUACUGCUGCUAUUGCUUCUACUGCUACAACUGAAAAGAACAUGCCUGGACUUUUCUCUGAUGCUAUUGAAUUCAAAGAUCUCGCAGUUUUGUGUGAUUCCAUCAACAUUGAUGAUGACGAGGAUGAUGUUAUUCAAGUAGAAUUCAAUGCAAACUUGCAGUAG